CUUUCCAUUCGAGAAACGCCGCAACAUUUGCCAUGGCGGACCAAGGAAACAAUGCCAUCCCGUUGCCGAGUGUGGUGGUGGAAUCCUCCGUGCUGACCUUUGGAUGCAAUGACGACGGGCAGUUGGGUCGAGGGGAAAAGAAGAAGCCCACUGGUACGUCCAUCGAAGGCGUGACGAGUUCGAACCAACCGCAACAGGUGGGCGCCCUGCGUGGAUUGGACAUCGUCAUGAUAUCGUGCGGCUCCCGCCACACCGUUGCGUUGUCAACGACGGGCGAUGUAUACACGUGGGGAUGGGGCCAGAUGGGACAGCUCGGUCUCGAACACCACAAGAGCAUCAACCUCCCAACAAAGGUUCCAUUCUUCGAACAUCACAACAUCAAGUUGACGUACGUGUCCGCGGGCGGAUGUCAUUCUGGAGCCAUCACCGAUCAAGGGCAAGUGUACAUGUGGGGCGAAGCGCAUUGGGGCCAGCUUGGACUCACAGCCGAUUUCAAGGAGCUCCAUCAAGCGACCCCAGUCCUUUGCAAAGUCAUUCCUGAGAACUCCACGGACAAGAUCGUGUCGUUGAGUUGCGGUGGCACCCACACCGUCGCUCUCUCUGGUAUGUUCGCGCAGACUCCUUCGAUCCCAUCUAUCUUUGUUACAUCACGUUUUUCCGGCAUCUCCGUAGCCCAAGGCCAUGUGUAUACAUGGGGUCGUCGUGACAAUGGCCAGUUGGGGCUGGGGCGAGAAUGGUUCCAUCUCGAGAUCGAGACAGACGGCGUCUCCGCCUUCACCCCCACGCGCAUUGAGCCUGAAGCGUUUGGAUUAGAAGACGUCGUCCAAGUGUCGGCUGGGGCGUUCCACACUGCCGCCGUGACCGCGUCCGGCGCUGUCUACACCUGGGGCAAGGAAGACUAUGGCAUGCUCGGGGUUGGCCAUACGGCAGACAUCCACGUGCCUCGUAAAGUCGACUUUUUCGACAAGGACCCUGCCAGAAUCGUGUCGUGUGGCGGAUGGCACACGGUCGUGGUGACCCGCACUGGAGCCGCGUAUGUGUUUGGUCGGGGGGAGUACGGCCGCUUGGGCCUUGGCGACGGACGCAGCCACUCGCACCCGCACAAAGUCGAGUCGUUGACCGCGCAUACGAUUGUUGAUGCUUCUGCGGGUGGAACGCACACGCUGUUUUUGACGGACAAGGGCCGCGCCUUCAGCUGUGGUCGAACCGAGUACGUAGCAGAGCAUCAUCCGUGUACAUGCAUGAUGUGGAUAUGGGAAUGACGACGUGGCUUGUGUGUGCAUGUACGUACGUACAGUCAUGGCCGACUGGGAAACGUGGAUGCCAAGAAGUACUGCACCGUGCCGGAACCGAUUCAAGAAACCACCAUGGGAUCGAUCCCUGUGAUCCAAGUAUCCACGGGCGGCGCACAUUCUGCCUGCUUGCUGCAUAGCACCCGCCUCGUCGCGUCGUAGGCGAAGUUCAUGGAGCAAUUGGAGACCAAUUCGUAGUAACACAUGUGAUCCGGAUAGUCGAACCCCAAAGUUCGAUGUUUUCCGGAUACGGAAUAACGUUUUAAUGGGUUGGACAGAAUCCACCAAUCCAAUGCAUGCAUCAACACGCAAAACAAUAAAACCCUCGUAAAAAACCGAUUUAUG